GGGGAACACAAUAAAGUAUGUUCCGUCUUGACAUGAACGGGCGUCUGUCCCGUCUCUGCCUUAAGGGUUUCUAUGUACCUAUUAAACCAUAGAACAUGGUGUCAGAAGUGGGAUCCAAAAGUGUCGAAGCGAAGAGACUACUGGACUAGUGUAAGUCCCAAGCAAGACAGGACGUUGAAAGUGAUAAAAGUAACUUCAGUCCGCUAGCACGGCUAGGCAGGAGCUAACGCUAAGGGAGACGAGGAAGAAAACAACGAGGCUCGAGGAGAUGGCGCAAUAUCAAGUAAUGCCACCGGAAAAAUUCACGUUCAAGGCAGAAGACUGGCCCAAAUGGAUAAAACGCUUUGAGAGGUUUCGCAUCGCAUCAGGUUUGGAUACUCAAGCGGAGGAGAACCAAGUGAAUGCACUAAUCUACAGUAUGGGAGAAGAAGCGGAGGACAUUUUGGUUUCCCUCCACCUCACCCCAGAACACAUGAGUGAGUACCACAGGGUCACGCAGAGACUGGAUGCUCACUUUGUAGCUCGGAGAAAUAUAAUUUUUGAGAGAGCUAAGUUUAAUCAGCGGCAGCAGGAGAUGGGCGAGUCGGCAGACAGCUUUAUCACCGCGCUUCAUUGUUUAGCUGAACACUGUGGAUAUGGACAACUACACGAUGAGAUGGUCAGAGAUAGGCUUGUAGUUGGACUUCGAGACAAGCGUUUGUCAGAACUGUUGCAACUGGAUCCAGAGCUUACAUUAGAAAAAGCAGUUACAAAGGCCAGACAGAGUGAAAUGGUCAAGAAACAACAAGAAAUGCUGAAUACAAACUUCAAGGGAGACGUCGUUAAUACUCAACUUGAUAGUGUACGCAUCAAACUACAGGGGGGCGCCAGACCCAAACAACAUAAAAUGCAGCUGAAACCAGGAUUUUCCAUCAAAACCAAACCGUGCACAAGAUGUGGAGACACAAAAGGUCACGCUUAUCAGCAAUGCCCGGCUAAAGAUGCCUCAUGCAAUAAUUGCAAAAAGAAGGGACAUUUUGCUAGAAUGUGCAGGUCCAAGAAAAUGUAUGAGGUCCAUCUAGAAAGAUUAGAGGAUUUUUCUUCAGAGGAUGUUUCAUUUUUGGGUUCAUUGGCUUGUGAAUCUUCAGAUCCGUGGAUGACAGAAGUAGAGAUGGACAAGUCUAGCGCUGUGUUUAAAAUUGACACAGGCGCGGAUGUGACGGCAGUUCCAGCUGGCAUGUAUGUGAAAGGACAAUUCAAUGAACUAAAGCAAACCAGAAAAGUGCUGAUGGGGCCAGGCGGGUCGCAGUUAAAGGUUAAAGGCAAGUUUUCGGCGACUCUCAAAAGAAGAGACAAAAGCAUAAUGGAGUUCAUUUAUGUGGUUGAAGGACUAAGUACAGCUUUACUGAGCAGACAAGCAGCCACUGCAUUACAGCUAGUGGCUAGGCUUGAUACAGCUACUUUGGACAAUAAAGAGACAAUCAAGCAGGAAUUUCCGGAGCUAUUCACAGGGCUUGGAAUCAUGAAAGGUGAAUACCAUAUUGUACUUAAGCCGGAAGCACAACCAUUCUCCGUCUCAACUCCACGACGCAUUUCUAUCCCUUUACUGCCAAUGGUUAAAGAGGAACUUUCUCGUAUGGAGCGACAAGGAGUCAUCUCCAAGGUGGAGCAGCCUACAGAAUGGUGUGCACCUAUGGUGGUGGUUCCCAAGCCCGCACGUGACCGAGUGAGAAUAUGUUCAGACCUCACUCAACUGAAUAAGUCGGUUUUGAGAGAAAGGCACCAGCUACCUUCAGUUGAGAACACGCUUGGACAGCUUUCAGGUGCCCAGGUAUUUUCGAAACUGGAUGCCAAUGCAGGUUUCUGGCAGAUUCCUCUUUCAAAAGACUCAUCACUGCUCACAACCUUUAUCACUCCUUUCGGUCGCUAUUGCUACAAUCGACUGUGCUUUGGACUAUCUUCGGCACCAGAACACUUUCAGAAACGCAUGCAGCAAAUCCUAGAAGGCCUGGAGGGAGUAGUGUGUCAGAUGGAUGACGUCCUCAUCUGGGGAGUGGAUCAGGAAGAGCACGACAAAAGACUAAGGGAAGCUCUCACCUGUCUACGGGACGCGGGCGUGACACUUAAUGAUAAGUGUGAAUUUUCAAAGACUAAAAUCAAGUUCCUGGGUCAGAUCAUUCAGGCAACUGGAGUUAGCCCCGACCCAGAGAAAAUAAAUGCAGUGAAAGCCAUGAAGGAACCAACCAACAUUUCCGAGGUGAGAAGAUUUCUGGGAAUGGCAAAUCACCUGGGCAAGUUUUUGCCACACUUAGCAGAAAAGACACGUCCACUCAGAGAUCUGUUAAGAAAAACGAACAUGUGGUCAUGGGGACCUCAGCAGAUACAGGCUUUUGAAAGCAUAAAGAUAGACUUGACAACACCUCCUGGGCUGGCAUUGUAUGAUCCUUCAGCUGAUACGCUAGUCUCAGCAGAUUCAUCUUCUUAUGGGCUGGGUGCUGUAUUGUUGCAGAAGACAAGCAGUAUGGACUGGAAACCAGUGGCAUAUGCAUCACGCGCAUUGAGCACCACGGAGCAGCGCUACGCGCAAAUUGAGAAGGAAGCGCUAGCCACAACGUGGGCAUGUGAGAGGUUUGCAGAGUUUUUGAUUGGAAAGGACUUUCUCGUUCAAACUGACCACAAACCUCUAGUCCCUCUACUUGGCGCGAGAAAUCUGGACGAACUACCUCCACGUAUACAACGCCUGAAAAUGCGUCUCAUGAGAUUUUCAUUCACCAUAUCCCAUGUGGCUGGCAAAGACAUCGCAACAGCUGAUGUUCUAUCAAGAGCACCGGUGACGUCUUCGGAGGACAGUCUACGGGAGGAAGAGAUCAACCUCUACGCCGACACCGUAGUGGCCAGCCUCCCUGCAACUGAGAAGAGACUUAAAGAGAUUCAGUCUCAUCAGGACAAAGAUGACAUUUUGCGACAGCUUAAGCGGUUCUGUGUCAGUGGUUGGCCAGACAAGUUUUCGAUUGAAAAGACUUUUAUGCCAUAUUUCCCUUUUGCAGGUGAACUGACUGUUCAGAAUGGGUUGUUGUUAUUAGGCUGUAGGCUGGUCAUUCCAAAAACACUCAGAGAUGAAAUGCUAAACAAACUUCACGAAGGUCACUUAGGAAUUACCAAGUGCAGAGAACGUGCUAAACAAUCUGUGUGGUGGCCAGGUCUUAGCAAAGAUUUAAAGCAACUCAUUGAGACGUGUGACACAUGUGCCCGUGAGCGAGUUAACAACAGAGAGGUACUGUAGUGUCCACAGCGAACACACCAAGGUCCUACAUCGUAGAAGCGUCUGGGGGAAAUCUCCGGAGAAACAGGUAUCAUCUCUCACGCACACCUGUGGCUCCAGAAACACACAUCACUGUCCCUGAUAUGGGGGAAAGCAACCCUACAGAGACUCUGAAAAGACCGGUCUCUCCUGUUGUACCCUCUGGUUCACCAGAACCUGAGAGACGCUAUCCUU